UGCAAUUGUGGUUCUGGACAGUGCACAGGGCAACAAUGGUCAAGGACAGCUGCAGGAUGAAAGGAGCAGCGACAGUGAAGACAGUGAAGUCAUGGCAACACGGCUGCCCCUCCUCAGCUCUGCUAUCGAUAGACCAAAAACCCCGCGCCUGCGACGCCUGACUGGAGCUUGCUGUUACCAAACAUCAUCACCACUACCAAUUAGAGCUUCGACUAAUCCUUUAUCUGUUGGCAGAACUUUAAUACCGCCUCCUAUUUCCCUCAAAACCCAAGAGUCGCCCGGACUUCGUUGCUCCAACCUCUCGAUCAACGACUUGCUCCUCUCGAAACACCGAGACAACUCACGAUCUUUAUUUAUCAAACCCCUCCAUCACAACAACCGCAAUUAUGGGUGCCACUGAAGUGUUGAGCCGCAAGGCCGGUGUCAUUGUUGGCGAUGAUGUCUUGAGGCUGUUCGAGUACGCUCGCGAGCACAAGUUUGCCAUUCCUGCCAUUAACGUCACCUCUUCCUCUACCGUCGUCUCUUCCCUCGAGGCCGCCCGCGAUGCCAAGUCUCCCAUCAUCUUGCAGAUGUCCCAGGGUGGCGCGGCUUUCUUCGCUGGAAAGGGCGUUGCCAACGGCGAUCAGGCCGGCUCGGUUGCUGGUGCCGUCGCCGCCGCUCACUACAUUCGCUCGGUCGCCCCGGCCUACGGCAUCCCCGUUGUCCUCCACACCGACCACUGCGCCAAGAAGCUCCUCCCAUGGUUGGACGGCAUGAUGGACGCCGACGAGGCUUACUUCAAGGCCACGGGCGAGCCCCUUUUCUCCUCCCACAUGAUCGAUCUGUCUGAGGAGCCCGUCGACUGGAACAUUGAGACCACUGCCAAGUACCUCAAGCGUGCUUCUCCCAUGAAGCAGUGGCUCGAGAUGGAGAUUGGUAUCACUGGUGGUGAGGAGGAUGGUGUCAACAACGAGGACGUUGACAACAACUCGCUCUACACUCAGCCCGAGGACAUCCUCAACAUCUUCAACACCCUCUCCCCCAUCUCCCCCUACUUCUCCAUCGCCGCCGGCUUCGGCAACGUCCACGGUGUUUACAAGCCUGGCAACGUCAAGCUGCACCCCGAGCUCCUCGGCAAGCACCAGGAGCACGUCAAGGCUGCUCUCAAGUCCGACAACCCCAAGCCCGUCUUCUUCGUCUUCCACGGCGGCUCCGGCUCCAGCAAGCAGGAGUUCCUCGACGCCAUCAGCCACGGUGUCGUCAAGGUCAACGUGGAUACCGACAUGCAGUUCGCCUACUGUGCUGGAAUCCGCGAGUACAUGGUCUCCAAGCAGGACUACCUCAAGACCUCCGUUGGCAACCCCGACGGCGCUGACAAGCCCAACAAGAAGUUCUUUGACCCCCGUGUCUGGGUCCGUGAGGGUGAGAAGAGCAUGUCUGCUCGCGUCAAGGAGGCCCUUGAGGACUUCAACACCGCUGGUCAGCUGUAAAGUGCGUUCCACAUUAGGGGACAGCUAGAAGAGAAUAGUAAAAUAAUCAAAUGAAAAAGAACUUGCAACCUUGCACUGUGUGCCGUGUU